GGUGUAUUUUAGAUAAGCCAAAAUUUUAUUAAAAGCACAAGAAUUGCCCAACCUAACGCCCUGUUCCCAUCAAUAUAUUUUAAUUUGUUCCCGUGAGCAGUUUGGUUUAAGCACAAAUCAAAUAAAUCACUCUGAUCUUUGACUUUCCAGUUGCUCUUGCCGACUUGAAGAUCAUCUCUUUGCAGAAAGGUUCAAGGGAUCACAAUCUAUUGUGCCUGCAACUGCAACACCUUAGAGCUGAGUUUAUUACCUUUGACUAAUUGGAUAGCAAAAAUAUAAGAACAUCAGUUUCUGAUGGAGAUCUCUGCCCCAGUUUCGUUACAUAAAGAAUUCAACUUUGAGAAGAGGGGACUGCUUUUUAAGCGAAAUUUUGUGCUGAGUAGAGCUGAUCAAGCAAUUUACAAAACAGAAGAAGUAAAUGAUGCUGUUUGGGAGUGGCUAAAACAUGUGGAUCAACUCAUUGAAGAGAUGAAUCCACAAAUCAAAAAAACGAGUGUGAUGAAUUCCACAUGGUACACUGAAAUGAUAGAGAAAAUAAAGGCACUUGAUGCCAACCGUAAAUUUGAGCCAUUUUCAGUCCCAGCCAAAGAUUUGGGAUAUCCCUUAAAAAAUAAGCAUCUAAGACGUCUAAUGCCUCGGUAUCAGAUUUUUCUCAGCUUUCGAGGAAAAGAUACUCGGGAUGGUUUUACACAUGAUCUCUAUCAAGCUUUGACGGAUGAGGGAUUCAAGACCUUCAUAGAUGAUAAAGGAUUGCAGACCGGAGAUAAAAUUUCACAAUCUCUUUAUAAUGCGAUUGAAGGAUCAAGGCUUUCGAUUGUUAUUUUGUCUGAAAACUAUGCAGAGUCCAGCUGGUGUCUCGAAGAACUUAUCAAGAUUCUUGACUGCAUGGAUAAUGUUGAUCAGAUGGUCUGGCCGAUAUUUUACAAAGUGGAUCCAACAGACGUAAGGUUUCAGAAAAAGAGUUAUGCCAAUGCCAUGGCUAAACACGAAAGAAGAUAUGGAGAAAGUUCUGAGGAAGUAAAGAAAUGGAGAUCGGCUUUGCAUGGAGUGUGUGAAUUGUCUGGAAAGCAUUAUGAUGCUAGCCGGAAAGAAGAUGACUUUAUUGAAGAGAUUGUAUCAGAAGCCAAUAAAAAUAAAGAUUUCUUGAAUAUUGAAAGCAUGGAUAUGGAUUAAAGGGAAGAUUCAACUUCACAAGAUAGAGCUAAUACGACCGGGUAUUGGCUCACAACAAAGCUCACAAAUGGACAGUGGUUGGUUGUAAUGUUUGUGUUCAAUAUUAAGAAGUUGUUUGGACACAUUUCUAUUCCAAGGAUAUUGUUUAAUCUUGAAUAAUAAAUUAGUUUAUUGUGAAGACUUUCUCAAGCUGUGCUUGCUUUUACCGUAAGUAAUGAUAUAAGUGCUCUUGCUUUAA